GCAGUUUCGUGAGCGUAGCAAACAGAUUGUUGACGGUGGUUACUUUCGUUUCUGGUCAGGCUUAGUAUGUGUGCACUAAAUGCGAAUCAAAGUAAUGAUCCUUUAUCGGGGGAAAGAGUCAAAUCCCAUCGUUUGAUUGUUGACGAACCGAUAAAAGAUGAUAACUCGGUCGUUUAUUUAUCUCAGGCCAAGAUGGAUGCAAUGAGUUUGUUUCGUGGUGAUACUGUCUUGGUCAAGGGUAAGAAACGUAAAGAAACGGUGUGUGUAGCCAUUGUGGACGAGAGUUGCCCAGACGACAAGAUUCGUUUAAACCGUUGUAUUCGCAGUAAUCUACGAGUAAAGCCAGGAGAUAUUGUCAGUUUAAAGAGUCUUCCUGACAUCCUUUAUGGGAAACGCAUUCACGUGCUGCCUAUUGACGACUCUAUUUUUGGUCUUACGGGGUAAUGUCUUGUGUGUGUUAAUAAAUCUCUAGAAAUUUAUAUGAAGCUUUCCUAAAACCAUACUUUUUGGCUGCCUACCGACCUGUACAUAAAGGCGACAUAUUUGUCGUACGUGGUGGGAUGCGAGCUGUCGAGUUCAAAGUAAUUGAAACAGACCCGUCACCUUAUUGCAUUGUUUCUCCUGACACUACUAUUCACACAGAAGGUGAUCCAGUUAAACGAGAGGAUGAGGAGGAAAAGCUGAAUGAAAUAGGUUACGAUGACAUAGGAGGUUGUCGUAAGCAGCUGGCUCAAAUAAAAGAAAUGGUUGAGUUACCUCUUCGUCACCCUCAGCUGUUCAAAGCUAUAGGUGUGAAACCUCCUCGCGGGAUACUCCUCUAUGGACCCCCUGGUACCGGAAAAACCUUAGUUGCUCGGGCAGUAGCCAAUGAAAGUGGAAGCUUUUUCUUUUUAAUCAAUGGGCCGGAGAUAAUGUCAAAAUUGGCCGGUGAGUCGGAAUCUAACCUACGCAAAGCGUUCGAAGAGGCAGAAAAAAAUGCACCGGCCAUUAUCUUUAUUGAUGAGCUUGAUGCGAUCGCUCCUAAGAGGGAAAAAACCCACGGUGAAGUAGAACGCCGCAUCGUUUCUCAAUUGUUAACAUUAAUGGAUGGUCUAAAACAACGGAGCCAUGUAAUUGUCAUGGCUGCUACGAAUCGUCCUAAUAGUGUUGACCCCGCAUUGAGACGCUUUGGUCGUUUUGAUCGCGAAAUAGAGAUAGGUAUUCCUGAUAGUAUUGGAAGACUGGAUAUUUUGCGGAUACACACCAGAAAUAUCCGGCUAGCUGAAGAUGUUGAACUUGAGCAAAUAGCCAAUGAAGCUCAUGGUCACGUAGGAGCUGAUCUAGCUUCGUUGUGCUCAGAAGCUGCUCUCCAACACAUAAGAAAUAAGAUGAAUCUUAUUGACUUAGAAGACGACACAAUUGAUGCUGAAGUAUUGAACUCGUUGGCUGUAACGAUGGAUGACUUUCGUUGGGCUUUAGGAAAGAGUAAUCCGUCCGCUCUUCGCGAGACCACAGUUGAGGUACCAAAUGUCACCUGGGAUGAUAUUGGUGGGUUAGAAAAUGUGAAACGAGAGCUCCAAGAACUGGUUCAGUAUCCCGUUGAACAUCCUGAUAAAUUCCUGAAAUUCGGUAUGACUCCUAGCAAAGGUGUCCUGUUUUAUGGUCCGCCAGGUUGUGGUAAGACCUUGUUGGCAAAGGCGAUUGCGAACGAAUGCAAAGCCAAUUUUAUCAGCAUUAAAGGACCCGAACUCCUUACUAUGUGGUUUGGUGAAUCUGAAGCAAACGUUCGGGACAUUUUUGAUAAAGCUCGACAAGCGGCACCGUGUGUGCUUUUCUUUGAUGAACUGGACUCGAUUGCCAAAGCUCGUGGAGGUAGCGUUGGUGAUGCUGGAGGUGCUGCCGAUCGUGUUAUCAACCAACUCCUAACCGAAAUGGAUGGUAUGUCUGCUAAGAAGAACGUUUUUAUCAUUGGUGCCACUAAUCGCCCAGAUAUUAUUGAUGGGGCCAUCUUGCGUCCUGGAAGACUUGACCAACUCAUUUACAUUCCACUGCCAGAUGAAGCCUCAAGAGUUAAUAUUCUAAGAGCUAAUUUAAGAAAAUCCCCGAUUGCAAAGGAUGUCGACAUUAAUUUCUUAGCAAAAGCUACUCAGGGAUUUUCGGGUGCUGACCUCACAGAAAUAUGCCAGCGUGCAUGUAAACAAGCAAUACGUGAGUCUAUCGAGGCGGAAAAACGUGUUGAAUCUGAAAAGAAAAACAAGCCUAAUGCUAUGGAAGAUGAUUUUGAUCCAGUACCAGAAAUAACUCGUCGUCACUUUGAAGAAGCAAUGCGCUUUGCAAGACGCUCAGUAACUGAAAAUGAUGUACGGAAAUAUGAAAUGUUCGCCCAAACAUUGCAACAGUCAAGAGGAAUAGGUAGUAAUUUCAGAUUCCCUGGAUCAGAUGGUACUGGAAUACCUACAGGUCCCGGUGGUCAAGGAGGAGGAGGAUCAGCCUAUGGAUCUCAAAAUGACGCAGAAGAUUUAUACAAUUAAAUGAUUGUCACAACCUUUUACUUUUCAGUUUAUUGAAAGCUUUAGGCUCAAGCUAUCCUGUGUCAUCAAUUUUCAUCUACUUAUGCCUCUGGUUUGAAUUCUAAUUGCUACUUAGAAGUAAUCAGUUAUGUGACGUCUGAUUGGUUAAUUUUUUCUAACCCUGAACUGUUCCCUUUGUAAUUCAGACAGAAUUUGUACCUGCCAUAUUUCCAUACAUUUAUUUCAUGUUAUUAUUUCUCAUUCUAUUCAGUUAUGUCUACAAUACGUAAUAUUUUCUUUUACUCUUCGAACAUUCGAGAUGGGGCUAUCACACUUACAAGUGAAAUAUCUUUUGAAUAAGUAUUUUCUAGUAGUGUCGAUUCAAGUAGUAUUUUGGGUUCCAAUUCCAUAAACUGUAGAUCAAAUUUUAACGUUGCACUAAAAGAUAAAUCUAAAUUCUUUUUUAUAAGUAAUUACUAUAAUAAACAGGAAAAUUUGAAGUCGAUAUUACCUGUUUCACUUCAAAAUGACUAAUAAGAUUUAAAAGAAGAAAAAUUGAAUAUAUCGACUCUGACGUUAUAAUGAUUCUGGAAAGUCAGAAUUAAAGUGGAAAGUAGUAGAUAACUUCCAUUUUAGGGUAUGUAUUACUAAUUUUAUUUCAUGUAAUAAGUGCAUACGACCUUCGUUCUUACACUUAAUAACGUUACGAGCCUAUAAAUCUCAUAAACUCAAGUCAUAUCCAACAAACUGUUGCAUGAAUUUUUAUUAUUUAUUUUAACACAUAAAUAUCGG